AUGGAGCAGCAUCCUUUCCUGAAGAAGGGCGGGAAUGAGCGGCGCCGCUUAGAGACACCUGUCCCAGAGGCGGAGGAUGAUUUCUUCGAUAAUGAGCGUCACUUGGUGGGGGUCUUUGACUUUGACUACGAUGAGAUUGAGGACUUUGAGACCAAGGUAGCAUGGGUUUCUUUGCUCUCCAUUCCAUGCAUUUGGCCCCUCUCACUUGCUUGCUGUGGCCCAUGUUUCUUGCAACAGAAUGUGGAAUGGAGGACAAGAGCGCAGCACGUUGCCCUCACGGAAGAUGGCAUCAAGUAUGUCACCGACAGGCAUCCAACAAUGUGCGGCUUGUCCUGCACCGAUGCAGGGAAAGUGUCGAAGACCGUGCCAUACGACAAGAUUACAGAUUGUGAUGUGCAUGAACCUGCUGGCAUGGCUUGCUGCUGCAUCCAGAAAACAUUGACCAGCUUGAUUGUCGACACGGCUUCUUCUGGUCCUGAAUCACAUGAGCUGGUUUUGACUGGCUUACAUGACCCCCACGCUCUGAAGCAAGCGGUUUGGGAAAUGAAACGCCAGGGAACCGGAGCUCCGUCAAUGCCUCAGUCAGGUGCAAAUGAGACCAACCAGUUACUUCGAGAGAUCCGUGAUGAGAUGAGGCUGCUAAACCAACACUUACAGGGCCAAUGA